AUCAUCUGGGUCAUAUGCUGAUUUAUAGCAUAUUAAAAAGGUUUUAAUGUGCUGAUUUUUAAUAAUUUGACAUCAAGUACAAACAUCACAUCACAUCAUUCUGCAAUAAUUGAGUACCUCUUUAAAUAUAUUAACUACCUUCUGGUUUCUGGAAAAGACACACAGAGUCUUUGCAACUGUUCAUACUGCAAGUAUCUAAAUGACAGCCAAUGCUACCCUCCCAGAGUGAUGCAGCUGGAUGGAACCAGGAAGGUCAUCUAGUCCAAACCUCUGAUAAAGGAGAAACAAGUAACACCAGCAUAGUGAUCAUAUUGGUUUCUGGCACUGAAGCAUUGAAAAUGGAAGCAUUCCCUUUCAGGAUUAUAUUGGCACUUCUUGUAACUGGAUCUGUCAUCAGCGACCGUAUGGAGAGAUAUCAUUCAAACCUGACAGACUUUGGAAACAAUGUCUCUGUCAUAGAUCUAUCCCGUCCUGCCAGUAAAACCAAUGGAACAUAUUGCCGGCAGAAAACUAGAGCUGAUGACACUUUCAAAUACAUCAAUACAAUUGUAUCCUGUGCAGUUUUCAUCAUUGGGAUUGUUGGAAAUGUAACUCUGCUGAGGAUUAUUUACCAGAACAAGUGUAUGAGGAAUGGUCCCAAUGCACUGAUAGCUAGCUUGGCAAUGGGAGACCUUAUCUACAUCAUCAUUGAUAUCCCUAUCAAUGUAUAUAAGCUUCAUGCUCAGUGGCCCUUCGGAAUGACUCCUUUGGGGAUGUUUCUGUGCAAAUGUUUUCCUUUCAUUCAGAAGGCAUCUGUGGGAAUCACCGUCCUUAAUCUCUGUGCUCUAAGUGUGGACAGGUAAAGAAUUUCUUUGCUGAUGAGCACCAAUAGGAAUUUGAGUCCAACAACAUCUGGAGGCUCUCAUAUUCCCUAUCCUUCCCUUGGAGGAACAGUGACUGAUUCAGAAAGUUUAAGGCAACAGGAUACUUCACACACUGUUUCCUGUAUGCUCUUGCCAAGUAAUAAAUUUUUGCAGGUCUAUGUCAAAGCCAAGGACUGGUGGAUCUUUGGUUUCUAUUUUGCCAUGCCACUGAUAUGCACAGCAUUCUUUUACACUCUGAUGACCUGUGAAAUGUUAAACAGGAGAAAGAGCAAUUUGAGGAUAGCUCUCAGUGAACAUCUUAAGCAGCGACGAGAAGUUGCAAAGACAGUUUUCUGCUUAGUUGUGAUUUUCACCCUUUGCUGGAUUCCUCUCCAUGUGAGUCGGAUUCUGAAGAUAAUGUUGUAUAAUCAACAGGAUCCUAACAGAUGUGAAUUGCUCAGCUUUUUGUUGACAUUGGAUUAUAUUGGCAUUAAUCUAGCAACCAUAAAUUCCUGCAUAAACCCUAUAGCACUCUAUUUUGUGAGCAAGAGGUUCAAAAACUGUUUCCAGUCAUGCCUCUGCUGUAUAUGCUACCAGACAGGAAGUCAAUCAUCAUCUGUUCCUAUGAAUGGAACAAGUAUCCAGUGGAAAAACAAUGAACUGAACAAUCACAAUACAGAACGAAGCAUCCACAAGGACAGUUUAAAUUGAGAUGCAGUGGAAACUGUACUUCACAAUUCAUGAAGAAAAAGAAAGUGGGAAGGGUACUUAGUACUCUGUGAACACAUUUCAUUUGGAAGCUCCGUGCUCUCUCGCAUUUGGUUCCAAAGAAGACCAAAAGGAUGGGUGUACACAUGUGAAGCUCUACAGAUUUCCACUUGAUGGCCUGGACCUUUCCUUUUUCUUAUGAAGGAAUUAUUAUUAUUUUAACAGAACUGUUUUACACAGAACUCUACAGAAUCUGCAGACCCCUGAUGCAUCUGUUAAAUAUGUAUGAUAUACGCUCUUGUGGCUUUUAAAAAAAUCCCUAAGUCAGUGUGUGUCUUUUUUUAAUAUUGUGAAAAGGGAGGACUAAUGGCUGCUCUAUAAUGAAAUCCUCUUGAUAGCAAAUGUAUUCCACAUUUAACAGUAUGUUCUGCAUGAAGCAUAUAUGCCAUAUCUCUGCAGCAUUUUACUUAGUGGAUAUUGUGAACAAGAUAUGGGGUGCUUCCAGACAGACCAUUCAUACUGCUAUCAGUCGAAAAACAUGGUGUAGCAAUUUUAUAUUUUCUUCCUUAACUUUCUUCUUCUCCUGUCCACUCUGUAGCCUUCAGUGCAGUCCAUAAAACAACUUCAAGAGUGUUCCCAGUACUCUUGGAGCAGGGCUGCAGCGGAGGGGGGUUUCCCACUGACAAAAGCCAUUCUAUCAGCAGAAGAACCCUAUUGAAGACUGGCCAUAGGAAUGUAUGUGCAUGCACAUGCACAUGUUUGUUUUUGCAUAAGGGGAAAAAUGGAAGAAAUUUGGAGAAAAAACAAGAGGGCUAUAAAUAAAGUACAGUAACAUCUGGAUCUCUGUGAAUGAAAUUCUUUGAAUUAAGCAGGAUGGCUGCACUGUAAAACCUUUGUCUGGAAGCAUCCAUUAACUGAAUAAUUAUUGUUUGUGAUGUUUAAUUGUUUGUGGUACUUUACUAGUCAUUGAUGUAUAGCAGGGAUGAGAAAUAUGCAUCCCGCCCAGAUGUAGCUGAACUGCAGUUUCAAGCAUUCCUCACCACCAGCUGUGUUAGCUAGGGUUGGAGGCAGAUGCAGUUCACGGUGUGUAGUUUGCACACCUUUGCUUUAGAGACAUGGAUUUGAAAUACUAACAAUAUUAGGUACUUAGCACUUGCCCAAACUGAUUCAUAGAAGGUACUUCAGUGUAAAAGUUAAGUUAUUUAGGCUCUUCACAAAGCAUGUUGUUCUGUUGUUCAACUCAACAGAAAUGUGAUUCUCUGUGAAACAACUGUUCAAGACUGAUUCAUAUUUCACCAGCUGUUUUUUGUUUGUCUCUGUUCUUUCUAGAGUAUGAAUCCCACACUCAAAUCUAACAGUCAGUUUCAGCUCCAAAGUAAAAUGGGAAUGCAACAGAAAAAAAAUGCACUAAUUACGUUGUCAUUAGAGGUUGCUUGCAGAAAGUGAUUGCCUGUGCCACUAUUUAUACAUUAUAUACAAUUUAGAAACACAUUUGCUCUAGGAUAAUAGUGUGUUCCAAACUUUUGAUCUCACAUUUCUGUUGUGAAAUGGAACUCAGAAAUAGACACUCCAUAAAACUAUGUGCUAUCUGACUAGCAUAUCCCUAUUUGGAAGAAUGUUUAACAUUGUUCAAAAUGAUUUAUAAUUCAGAUUGGGAAUGCUGAAAUUAACAAAAUAACUGCAUUACAAAAACAGAGUACUUUGAUAUUAAGGAAAUCAUUAAUUAUGAGGGAUAGGGCAAAAACUUUGUGCCCAGAUGGAGGUACAGAUGUGGUUGUGAGCCACUAAACCCCUGGACGCAAUGCAGAUUAAGAUAGGCAUCAAAGAUUUUAAGAAUCUAACUAGAUAUCAUGUCCAAGAUCUCUCUCUCUCUCUCUCUCUCUCUCUAAUUAAAAGUAGCUAGAGUAGGAAGAACCACUUUGAGCUCUUGUGCUGGAAUGAGGUUUCAACCUUUUACAACCAGAGUUAAUUACUAUAAUUCUCUGACUUUAGGUCUACCAUUAAAGACAGUUUGGAAACUUAAGUUGAUACAAAAUGUGGCUGUCAAAAAGCUACCAGAAGGAAGGUGUUCAGCUUGGGUAACGUGAAGAUAAAACUAGUUAUGCUGCCUAUCUGUUCAUUACUGAACUAAAUUUAAAGUGCUGGCAUUGGCAUUCAAACCUCUUAACUAGGGUAGGCAAGCUGGUGCCCUCCACAUGUUUUGGACUGCAAGUCCUAUCAUCCCCAGACCCUGCCAUCCUCUGCCAAGAUCAAAAUAACACCCUAACAGAAUUUAGAAGUAAGAGUUAUCUGGACAGAGGCAAAAGAAAUCACAGUACGGUAUCUUUGGAUCUUGCUGUAGAUAGGUAAAGCUCAUUAGUGGAAAUGCAAAUUUCCUAAAUAGAAAUCAGAAAUAUAUUAUGAGGAUUGUAACCAGUACACUCAGAACUGCAUGAAGAAAUCCUGAAUCCAUUCCCAAAUAUUAUAUCCUCUUCUGUAUAGUUCUAUGUUUGGGCCUUCUUAGGCAUCAUUCAAUCUACAGAAUCUACAACAAUUAUUAAACAGCCAAGCUAUUGCCACUGUCCAUGCUGCAUUUUAUAAUUUCUAACUUCUGAUAGUUUUAAAAUCAGUUUUAUGCUUUGAAUGGAGUAAUGUUGCCUUAGGCAUCUUCUGGAAGAAACAGCUCUUCACCAAUACAAAAAAGAUUUUAAAUUUUAAUCCAUUCAACUACACAAUAAUGGCCUUCACAUAGUUAUAACCUUUAAUGCAUGGUAGGUUUUUUGUUGAUGUUAUUGCCAUACAAGUAGUAUUUUACUACCAGCAAAAUGAAUAACUCACAGCGGUGUAAUAAACAAUAUGCAUUCUGCAGAAAACUGCACAGAAAUUUAAAAUAUCACCUGUGCUUAGCUGAGAAAAUAGGUAUGUGGACAUUUAGCUCUAUUUCAAGUAGAAGACACAAUUUUGUGCAUAAUUUACAAGAUCAAAUGCAAAGUGUUCUAUUUAUAUCUCCUGAAGAAUUCCUAAAAUGUUUCCAGACAGACAGAAGGCAAUAUUGCAAUGUGUCUAUAUAAAAUGUUCUGUGUAAAUGAUUGUAUGUAUUUUGGUGAGUUUUUAAUGGCUUCCUUCUGCUUAUCUACACAUGUAUGUGUUCAGGUUUUUAAAGAAAAUAUAAUGUGUUGGUAUUACUCUGUAAAAA